AUGUCCACAGAAACCCCAGCCGCAACAACAACACCCAACACUCGAACAACCAACAUGAACAAUGCCAAACCAUCCAGCGCGAGUGGAAUACCUGGAAUCGGAGCAGCAACCGUUAGAGAUCUAAACGCCCAUGAAUGGUCCCAGGCCGUCAUCGAUGAGCUCCAGCAUAUUCAAGUUGCGACUCCUCCAACAAAAGGUGUCUGCCCGAGCCAACUGUCGGGCGGUCUGGGCGACAGAGGCCAUAUGCAUAGCUCGCAACCGAGGAGGUUCACGCACGAUUCGGGCGAACUCGCCCCAAAACAAGAAUCGGGAUAUAACCAAAGGAAUACCAGCCACCAAGAGGUACAUCAGAGGCCUCAAGCUGGAACGAUGGACUCGACAGCUACAAUUGACAUUAUAAAGCAAAUACCGGGAAGUUGGUAA